GUUAAAUCCCGAUAUGAUGAUGAACCUUCUCGACUGGACGCCGUCACCAGCAGCUGGACAUGGUCAAGACGACAUUGAAGCAUUGAAGGCCCGUCCAUAUUUCUGCAUUGGCUGCUGUUGAUCUGUGCAAUAACGGUGGUCGUGUUCCGCCAAAGCGAUAAUCUUCAAAAAGGUAAUAUCCAUGGUUGACACCCAUCUCCACCAAAUGACUCCUCUUUUGGGGGAUAGACCUCAAUGAACUUUGCACAUGGGCUUUGCCGAUGUAAAGGCUGUAGAUGAUCUAUAGUUCGCUCAAUACUUGGUUCAAUCUACUCAACUGCUAGUCAGGUUGACUGUGGAAACGUAGACUUUUUGCGAAACCAAACAGCAGAGUCUAAUUCACAUAUGCUGUUCUUCUUCUUGCCAGCCACAAGUUACUGCUGCUACAGGGGGACAUUUUAGGAAGCAUCUGUUACUGCAUUGCUGGAAUGGUGAACAAAAUAGUGGAAAGCGCACACACCAUGAUUGAUUCGUAAGCUCUUAAUACGGCUGGACAAGAUGUUGAAGCUGAUGUCCCCGCAGAUGGAACUUUACCUGAACCCACGCUGGAAGCGGAGGAGCCCACAAAUGCAGCCCUUAUGACUGAACCCAUCGAGAGCUCUGCAGUUGAACCCACGGGUGACGCUAUUGGAAGUUUACCUGAACCUAUACCGGACGCAGACCAGCCCACAGAUUCAACAAUAACGAGUGAGCCCAUCGAAGCCUCCGAAGUUCAACCCACGGAUGAACCUAUUGGAACCUUACCAGAACCGACACGGGAAGCUGAACAGCUCACAAACGCAACCCUUGACACCGAAUCCGUCGCAAACUCAGAAGUUCAACCCACUGAUGAACCUAUUGGAACUUUGCCAGAACCAAUACCGGAAGCAGACCCGUCCACAAAUACGACCCUGAUGACUGAACCCGUCGAGGCUUCCGACGUUCGACCCGAGAGUGAAGAUGUUAAAACUUCACUAGAACCGACGAUGGAAGGAGAGCAACCCACAAUUACGACAAGCAUGACUGAACGUGCCAAGAACUCAGAAACUCCUGUUAAUAGAGACGUUGGAACGCCGAUUGGAGCAACUGUCAUGGAAGUCACAGAGAUGGAGCAGAUGAACAUUGGGGUCGUGCAGGAAGAGCAUGUGAUGGAGGUCACCGCGGUUGAGCAGAUGAAUAUUGGGGUUCUGCAGGAAGAGCAAAUGCUAGAAACUGGAGAGAUACUAGACCCAAUGGCAGACUCGCUGCAGGCUAUUGAUGUCCCGGAGCCUGGAAUCAGCGAGCCUGUACUUCCGGAUGACGUAGCUGCUUCAUCCCUUCCUGCGGCACCUGAUGAAGUUACCGAGGCGGAAAUCGAUGAUCUUUUUGCCAGAACGGGCCUUCACACCCGACUCGAUGAAUGGCAUCAAAAACGCUAUUACGGAGGAUAUCGAGACCGGCGAAGUGAAGUCGAGUAUUUCCAUGCCGAGACACAAACACCAACACCACAAGAGAUCAGAGCUAGGAAUGCCCCUCUAAAGUUCCACAGAGAUACCCAAACCAAAUUCCUGCGCAACCGGCGUACUCAGUCCACUCGAGAAUCUGCGACACAAAUGACCAAACCAGGCUGCUAUGUCUCCGUCGAAAACGACCACAUUCUCAGACCAAGGCGCUACAUUUCGGCCGACGAGCAUGAUGCAUGGAUAAUAUCAAACGUGAUAAAAUUGCAGUGCUGGGUCCGUCGAGUGAAGGCCUGCAGACGGGUGGCACGAUUGCGAAAAGAGCGGGACGAGCGGACACAGGCCAUGAUGGAGAAAGAACGAAGACGCAAGGAAUUAGCUGAAAAACGAAGACGAAAAGAAAUUGAAAGUCGCUUGCAUCCAAAGACGACAAAAGAUUUCGAAAUAUUGUACAAUGGGCUCGAGAGCUGGCGUCAGCAAGAAACACUAAAGAUCAACAAAGCUGGCUAUUCAGAACCCGCUCGCCUUGCUGCUCUGGCAGAUCUUUUGGAUCAAGAAGCAGCACUCAUCCAAAAGAUUGAUCGCUUAAAGAUUGCCGCAAAUGAAGAAAACAGAGAGCGAAAGAUAGUGCGGCUACUGGAGGCGAUGUCUUCCUCCAAAAAAUGGAUGGUAGAAAAGGUCGGCAUCGUAUCCGUCGAUACUCCCAACACCAUUCGUGCUCGCGAGUUACGGGAUCUCUACCACGCGCUGAAUGUGCCUCUUGUGUCGGUCGACGAGAGGUUGCAGAUAUUGUUACAUGUCAAGUACACGGUCAAGGAAUUUGACUGCAAUUUGACAAGAGAGAUUGUGGAGCUCAUUGACCGAGAAGGAGAUUUGGUCAGUCGUGGUCGGGAUGCCAAGACUAUGGAAGGGCUCCGAAAGCGAAUUAGCAAUCUAUUUUUGCAAUUCAUUCAGACGCCAGAGUUUAAUCCAGAGGCGGGCUUAUACCAAAAGUUCCCUGACGCAGGCCAAUCCUGGAAGCGAGAUCAAGCCGUCUACUACUGUCGAAGCUGCACACGCUACCUACCUUCCACAGCAUUCUACCUUUCAACCACUAUGAAACACCUGGGCAAAUGUAAAACAUGCACAACGGAAGAGAACUUGGCGACAUCGCGAAAGGAUGACUCUAUUUACUCGGACUUGUUAAAACUUAUUCGCCUACAAGAACUUCAACGAAGAGCUUCAUCAGGGGUACCAACAGAUGCGCACUACAAUGCAAUAUCCCUUCUUCAGGAAUCCGAUAUGCGAUACCUAGUGGAUCGGGUUUGGAAUCGUCAGAGCGCAGUUAGCGGGAGCAGGGCAUUGGAGAGUCUCGUCCUCACAAGAUGGAAUCCCAAUGUUGAGUUGAGCCCAUGGAAUUGCAUUUUGCUGACAAAAGCCGAGGCGGCUACGCAUGACCGCCAGCCAGAUCCAGAAGAACUUUACUCUGAAGAGUUUGUGCGAAAGAUAUUGCAGAAGCACUUUGCUGCCAAGCAGCACUUUGCCCAACUGCCAGCUAUGGAAAAAUACCUUAGAAGACAUUAUGUGGAAGACGCUCAAGGGAAAAUGGUGUACACUCCAGCGGAGGGUUCUGUAACAAGCUGACGAGUUACCUCAAUUGAAAAGGAAUCUGUCAUUUUGUCCUAUAAUUUUUUUUUUGAUGAAUAUUAUUCUUUCGAAAUUGCUAGCGAUAUUGGAA